AUGACUUCCAAUCCAGCAGUCGUAGACAUUGGCAUCAAUCUGACCCACAAGGCCUUUCGCAAGCAUUGGAAAGCUGUCGUGCAACGAGCUAUUGAUGGCGGCGUCACUAAAAUACUCUUGACGGGCACCAGUAUGCAGUCUUCCAAAGCCAACUUGGGCAUGGCUCAAGAAUGGUUCGAGGAAACUGGUCAAAAAAAUCUCUACACGACGGUAGGGAUUCAUCCACACGACGCCAAAACAUGGCAAGAUCCAGCAUCAGCAUCGCCGGAAGAUGGAGAAAGUAGCGUGAGUCCCAGUAUGCCUACUACUAUUGCUACUACUUCUACCUUGGAAGAGAUGCGAGAAAUGCUGAAGCAUCCAUUGGCUGUCGCAGUUGGAGAAUGUGGAUUGGACUUCAAUCGAAAUUUUAGUUCCCCAUCCAGUCAGGUGCACGCGUUCCAGGAACAAAUACAGCUUGCCAUCCAACUCAAAAAACCCAUCUUUGUGCACGAGCGAGAAGCACAUGCUGAUUUGAUCAAGGUAUUCGACAGAAUAAAAGCAGCACAUCCAAACGUAGAAUUGCCUCCCAUUGUGGUCCACUGUUUUACGGGGACAAAAGAAGAAGCGCUGGAAUACGUUCAAAGAGGAUUCUACAUUGGUUUUACGGGCACGAUUUGCAAGAAAGAAAGGGGGAAAUCCUUGCGUGAGCUGAUACCAAGCCUGCCGCUGGACAAGCUAAUGGUAGAAACGGAUGCUCCCUUUAUGGGUUUCAAGAAGGGCAGACGAUCUAGUGAGCCGGCUGAUUGCGUCGAUGUAGCAAGGAAGCUAGCCGAAACAUUGGAAAUGCCAUUUGAGACGGUUGCUACUGCCACCACUGUCAAUGCCACGACCUUCUUUGGAUUGGAUUGGAUUGAAUUGGAUUGA